AGGCCGGAUCUUUAUCGGGCCUGCGGCACCUAGCCCAGCGCUUGCACCUCACCCAGGACGAGGCCCAGGGAGGAUCCUCCCGACUCCGACGCUGCGUAGGACUCCCCGACUCCGACGGCGUCCGCCCGCGUCGCGUGCCACGCCCACGCCACGCCGGCCGCCGCGAGGAAAGAACACCGGGUACUUCCCCUUCCCUUACGCUCCAGUUUCACAAGUCGCGAGCCGUGCGUCGCGUCGACGCGAGUUCCGCGUGAGGGAGCAGGCAGUUGCAGUUGGAGGCGGUGACGAAACCCUAGGACUUGAGCUCCAGCGCACGGCUCGGGUCCUCCUCACCGUUCCCGGCGAUGGACCGGCGGCAGGAGCUCUGCAGGAACUUCCAGCGCGGCAGCUGCAAGUACGGAUCGCACUGCAGGUUUGUGCACGCCUCCUCUCAGCAGCAGCAGCAGGCGAAGCCCAACCCGUUUGGGUUCGGCUUAGGGAGUAGGCAGCAGCAACAGCAGCAGUCUUCGUUUCGUGCGCAGUUCCAGCAGCAGCAGCAGCAGAAGCCCAACCCGUUUGGAUUUGGAGUGCAAGGCAGUGCGGCUGCACAGUCCAGAAACGCUCCUGGCCAGGCAAAGCCAUUUCAAAAUAAAUGGGUAAGGGACCCCUCAGCCCCAACGAAGCAACAGGAAGCGGCACAGCCACCAGCAGCAGCCCACACCUCCUGUACAGAUCCUGAGUCCUGCAGGCAACAGAUUGCCGAGGAUUUUAAGAAUGAAACUCCACUCUGGAAGCUUACGUGCUAUGCUCACCUCAGGAGCGGUCCUUGUGACAUCACGGGAGAUAUUAGCUUUGAAGAGCUGAGAGCUAACGCGUAUGAGCAAGGCAGGCAAGGGCAUCCUCUGCAGUCAAUAGUAGAGGGUGAAAAAAAUUUGAAAAAUGCAAAGCUGACGGACUUUAAUAAUUUUCUGAACACGCCACGUCUAUCGGUAUCACAAACUCCAAGCUUUCCAACUGUGGCUUCCUUCCCUGAAGUGAAAAAUAACUCAGCAUUUGGGGUUUCUCAAAAUAAUGGACCACCAGUGUUUAGUAGUUUCAGUCAAAUUGGAGUAACAACUAAUAUGGGACCUGGGUCCAGAACUACACCAGGAGUCCCAACCAAUACUCUUUUUGGUCAAUCUACCCAACCAAGCCAUCCAACAUUUCCUGCACCUACUUUUGGUCGUUCUGAUAUGAAAUUUGGAGUUUCAGGUCCAUUUGGAAGCCAGAUAUCACAACAAUCAUCUGGGACUUUUCAAGGCUCAAACAUGUCCAGUUUUGGCAAUUUCUCAAAGCCUCAUGCCAGCUACCAGCAGUCCCCUUCCUCCUCUAGCCAUCACAGAGACAUUGAUAGGCAGUCACAAGAUUUACUUAGUGGAAUUGUGGUUCCUACAAGUGCCACAAAUGAAGCUCCUGUUGAGGACAAUAAAAAUGAAAAUCAGGAUGAUAGUAUCUGGUUGAAGGAAAAAUGGUCAAUUGGAGAGAUUCCGCUGGGUGAACCGCCACAGAGGCACGUUAGUCACGUGUUUUAGCAACAUUCUUGUAUUUCUGUGUCGUGGAACCACUGUCAAGUCAGCUUCACUGUCUCCUUCCAUAUUGUCGGGACACCAUCUUACAAUUUCUCCUCCAGGUUCAUAACCAUAACACGUCAAAUUGGGGGCAUAAAAUGCACCUGAAAUGCUGAUUGGGCAGCGUAGAAACUUCUUGUAUCCUGCAUCACAUACUCUGUCUCUAUUGUUUUCUUGUUAGCUCCAUGUACUUCGUCACAUUCAGGGCUCGUAAUAUCCCGAUUUCUUGUUUUAGGGUUUGUUGAGUUUAGCUGUGGGUUUUAAAAAGCCGUUGCAGCUGUUUUUUUUUUUGCGGAAAUUGUACCAUACAUGGAAGCAGUAGUUUUUGAAGAAGCGGAAUUUGGUUCUA